AUGAAAAGUUCACUAUGUUGCGACAGGGAUUCCACUCAAAAAAAUAAGACAUCUGAAAGGCAACCAAAACACAACAUUAGAGACAAAACAAACUUAAGACUAACUGACAGAUGGUUUGCAGAAACAAAUGGCAACGAUUCCGAAGAUAAGAUACUUGAGGCGGGCUUUGGAGUGAGUAAACCAAAGCCGUGGCGCAAAGAUGACGACGAGUCCAUUGAGUUUAAUGAAAAGGCAGAGAUUGUCGUCGAUUUGGAUAAUCCGGUGAAAGCGCCGACGCCUCAAACGAGAAGACGGGCGGACGUGCCCGGCCUGGCCCUCAUCAAUGCACACGGCUGUGGGGUAUCCGACUUUCAAAACCAAAGAAUAGUAAAUGGGAAGGACGCUAAGUUUGGUGCCUAUCCCUGGAUGGUAUCCAUGCUUAAGAAUGGGGAUGCGUGGUGUGGGGCCAGUAUUAUCAAUGACAAGUGGAUAGUGACAGCAGCGCAUUGUUUUAUGAAAGUGGGAUCAGUAGAUAGGAAUUCAGUGCGGUUGGGAAAUGAUAUCCGUGCUGGAUAUUCCACCUGUUUCACCACCAAGUGCUCGCGAAACCUGAUCGCUUUAAUGCGAGUCAACAGACCCAUCAAAAUGAGCAAAACUGUGAAACCUAUUUGUCUGCCCACCCGUGCCUACGAAGAUGCCAAGUCUAGUAGUCUACUAGUGGUCGGGUGGGGGCAGGUUACCUAUGAAAACAAAGACUUGCCCAUAAAUUUACAAGAAGUAGUCCUCAAUAGAGUGAAUCUCAAUGAAUGCGCUGAGAUGUACCAGGCUAAAGGCAAUAAUAUCUACUUUUCCCAGUUGUGCACUUGGAAUAAGGGACAGGAUGCUUGUCAGGGAGAUUCUGGAGGACCAGCUAUUGAAUGGCAAAACAAAAUAGCCUACAUAGUUGGUAUUGUCUCGUACGGAUCUACCUGUGCAGAUGAUAUGCCCGGGAUCUAUAGGACACACUCGCAGACAAUUGUCACCACCGAUAGGAUGAAGCGAGUGAUAGGAACUCCGAUCUAUAUGUACCUCAACCCAGACCAGUGGCUUGUGGAAAGGGAUCGCAUGUCUGCGGCCGUCCAAUACUUCAAAACGUAUGACACGGACCCGGAGUCGGGGCCCUCGAAGAAGACCCAAUUCGUGAUCAGUCAGCCCAAGCCGUGGCGUCGGGACGAUGUGGUGGCCGCCCGGGCUAACAGAGCCGCAGAAAUACCGGCCGACACACAGAACUCGCAGCUCGAGUUCAAACACUAA